ACUACAUACUACUACUACAACAACAACAACAACAACGUCGAGCUGAGCAACCUCUGUCCACCACGUCCGGAGACAUCCAAAAUUGCCGCUUUCCGACUGAAUUCCCCACUCACUCUUCUCGCGCUCGUAUAAUAACACUCUUAUCGCACUCGACUCAUACCGCGAACCCACCCUCCUCUCAACUUCCCGUCGCAGCGCACACACCGGAAACCUACGCGAGUGACUCAACGCGGCGCCUCUCUCGGAAGAAGGCGGGGAAAGCGAACCCAUUUUAUCGUAUAAAGCUUUGCACGCACGCAUCGUAGAGCAGCAGCAGCAGUCGGCCGAUCACAUUUUGAUGUCGACCAACGGCAACAAGCGGAAACCCACAGACCAAAAUCCCGAAAGCUCACCGGCGCCCAAGCACCUCAAGAUCGACGAGACGACGAUGGCGUCCGUCCCGCCCACGCGCCGGCCGCUCGUGCAGCAGGAGAUCACCGACACCAUCAUGGCGUUCCCCGGAUGGCCCGCCGAAACUAAGCGCAAAUAUCUCGGCGGAAUCGAGAGUUUACGGCAGAUCGUCGAGAAUAAGGGGAUCAGCUCGCCGGAAGGACAGGUCGCUCAGGCGAAGAUCGAUAAGAUAUUGACUCACCUACGCGGACAGGUCGCGCAGCGACAGCAGCAGCAGCAGCUUCAAAUGCAGCAGGCGGCGGCCGCGGCGGCCGCGGCUGCGACGAUGGGUGGUGGUGGUGGUGGUGGCGUCGUUCCCUCGGGUGCUGUCGCGGGUGUCCCUGGUGUCGGUGCUGCUGUACCCACCCCAGCCGCUCCAACUGGCUCGGCGAACAACAUAAUGGCACCUACGGCGGCGUCGCGAUGGAUCCCUCCAGCGGGGCUGACCCCACAGGCGGCCGAACAGUGGAAGGCCGACAUCGGUACCAAGCUCACCGGACUCGGACAUAAGCUAGCUGCUGCCAAAGCGCAGGUUCAAGAGCAACUUGCAGCGCUGGAGAGGGGAGGACACACGGCAGAGGCUGAGGCAGAAAUCCGCAAGAAGCUGCAAGAGGCCCAGGCGAACUUUGCGCAAUGCAAGGAGAUACUUGGAAACUUUUACCAUUCCCAGAAGCAGAUGCAAGCGCAGAAACAGCAGCAGCAACUGCAACAGGGUCAGCAGCCACAGCAGCCACAGCUCCCGGGUGGAGCACCAAUCCAUCCCGGCGGUGGCCCGCAGCAGCAGCAGCAGCAGCAACAGAUGCAAACGCAACAGCCUCGACCCAUGCAGCCGCAGCAGACCCAUCACCCCCAACAGCCCGGCAUGGCGCCUGCUGGUGUCGUUCACCAACAGCAACCACAACCGCAAAACAUGCAAGCACGUCCACCACAGCAGCCACCACAAGGCACGCCGAUGCAACAGCAGCCGCUACCUCCCGCUCCUCCACAGAUGCAGCAGCCUCAACAGCCCCAACAGCAACCACAGCAAAUGACUCAGCAGCAACAGCCGCAGGGCACUCCUGUCCAGAGGGUUUCCACGCCGGUCGACCAGACGCAUGUAGGGUCCCCUGCAAAUGUCAACAGUCACGUGACAUCGAUGAAUCAGGCAAGGCAGCAAGCCGCGAUUCAACACCAAGCUGCAAUGUCACCAAACCAGUCAAACAUGCAGCUACAGAAUCCCCAGCAACAGCAACAGGCCCAGAACCCGCAGCAGCAAGUUCCCAGGGUACCUCAGAACAUGAUUCAACAACAGGCUCAGCAGCAGCAGCAGCAAGCCCAGGCCCAAGUGAUGGGACGAUCUCCUGCCCCGACGAAUGCUGGAACACCCAUGGCGGCGGGUCCAAACUCGCCCGCGCCGAGACCUGGUUCUGCGCAAUCGCAGCAGACCGCUAGACCGCAAACCGCAACUGGUGCGCCGGCACAGGGCCAAGCCCCACAGCUCCCACAGCAACCGGGACAGCAACCCCAUCCACAGCAACAGCAGCAACCCCAUCCACAGCAACAGCAACAGCAGCAACAACAACGUCUCAUCCCUCCUAACCAGAUGCCCCCAACUCCUCAAGCUGCUGCCCAGCGUGAAAACGCUCAACCCCAGCGCAUGCCGAUCCCCCAGAAUCUCGCGAUUCCUCAGCCGGUUCCGGUGUCGAUCCCCGCGGGCCGGCCGUCCCUUACCGGUGGUGCCAACACCCCGGCCAACUCGGUCCUCGGCACCCCAGCCAUCAUCAAGCAGCCCGCAUUCGAAUUCGAUGAAGGUGGUAUGGGUCUGUUGAGCAAGCGCAAGCUCGAGGAACUCGUCAAGCAGAUCGACCCGGAGGAGAAACUCGACCCCGAUGUUGAAGAGUCGAUCCUGGAGCUCGUUGACGAGUUUAUCGAUACGAUCUCCACGACCGCCUGCAAGCUGGCUAAGCUCCGUGGCUCGGACACGCUCGACAUCAAGGACAUCCAGAUCAUUCUGGAACGCAACUGGAACAUCAGGAUCCCCGGAUACUCGGCCGACGAGAUCCGCACGGUCCGCAAGUUCAACCCUGCGCCGGGAUAUCACCACAAGAUGGGUGCGUUGGUUGCUCAGAAGCAGCUGGCCCAGACCGCCGGUAAGAAUGGAGAGUAGACUUGAGCGAAUUAGCUCUUCUUCCCUUUGCCUCUACGUCUUGAUGUGCUUGCUUUCUUGUUAGUAGGGGGAGGAUGGUUAUGUUUCUGCUGCUCAAUACUAGGGUCUCUGUUUUUUUUCUUCCCGUUGGUUUGCUCUGCCUUUUAAGUGACUACUCAUGAGAUAAUACUGCUGGUGUGGUGCGCUGUAAUUGCUUUUGUUCUUGUUUUCGGGCUUGUUUUCACGUUCAAAAUGACUGCGUGUGCUGAACUUGAGGGGAUGGACGGACGGAUGCACCUCUUUACGUGUGGUAUAUACUGGUACUCACUGUGGGGGAGGGAGUUGGCGGAUGGCGCGCUGGAUCUCGGAGGGUGCUAUAUAGUGUAUCUACAUGAUGGAUUGGCAUUGGCGCU